CAGCAAUACGUGUAUGAAGAUUUCGAUUCACGUACCUUGCGGUUAUUGAAGAGACAAUUUAGAUAUUUUAUGAUACACAAUAAGUGAAUGAUGAUAGGGGAUGAGCAUUCGAUGACGAGAUUCCAAUCCUGCCACGCUGCCACCAAGCUGAGUAUCUGGCACAAAACAAGAAAUGGCACUGUAAUUAAAAUAAUGAUCAUGGGAAUUAAUUAUCAGUCAACGAUUCGUCAACGCGCAAACCAGCAAACAAAAUUGGCUGAAAACGACAAAGGUGAGAUGAAAGGUGAAGAAGAAUCUCUUGAAGGCAGACUGUUCCGGCCAUUGACCGAUCCACGACAUAAAGAGCUGGUAGAUUUUGUAAUGCUGCACGUCCAUCUCGACUCUCUACCGAAAACUAGAAUGCGUCUGCAGCAGGCAGUAAACUUUUCACGGCAGGGAUCAGCUUGAACGUAAAUCUUUCGUUUGUCCCGUAUUCCCUUGGUGAAUAUCCGGGUAUAACGGUAGACAGAAAUUUGCAUGGCUGAUGACGGUAUGUUAAAAGACGCGCGAUCGAUUUCAUGGAACGUAUGCACGAGCUACGCCACUAUGGGGCACAAAGAAGAAAAUUAAUCCACUUAUAUCUCUAUUUUAUUUCGGUUCAAAACUUUCUGGUAAAAGGAAUUGUAAGAUCCACAUCCGCAAAUCUUUCUUGCAUUAACAACAGUUUGUAUGCCUUUCUCUACACAGUAUGUCUUUCAGCUAAAAGAUUAACACGAUACAAACAAUUCAAGUAUGUAAUUUUAUAUUAUCGUUUAAAAGGCUAGAGAAUAUUUUAUUUCUCAAUAAUUAAUAGAUUGUAAAAUCUCCGUCGUUUUGCAGUUUCUAAGUAGUUUCCUUAAUUACUUUUAAGUAGAUCAACAUUAUAUAGUAUAUCCGGUUUACUAAAUGAGUUUGAAGAAAUUAUUAACAGUUCUCACUACGUAAUGAUGUUGUGAGAUGAACAUACAUAUAUUUAUUGCUUAUUACCAACCAACACUUCCAAGUGCCAUACAUAAAAGUUAUUAUACAUAAUUUUAUUACACAUAAAUCAUUUUAUAUAAAGAAGUAGUAACUCAUAUAACAAAACGUUCUUUAAACAUUUAUUACAUUCGAUUGGUGCUAGAAAAAUGUUUUAAUUAUUAUAUUUGAUACACGUUA